AACUUUUUCUGGCUUUUGGCGGAGAUGAUGAUUAAGAUUCCCGUGAAAACCUUGGGAGCGGCAGCCCACGGCAUCCCGCAGCGGGGCGAGUGGCGAGCGCCGCCCCGCUGGCUGCCGCAGCGCGCGGCCCACAGGCCGCACCUAUACCCAUCGAAUUCUCCGUUCACCUUUAAAACGGUGAGGUGCAGGGGCAUGGCCUGCGCUCCUUGGCAUUUCUUUGGAGUAACAGUGGAAAGGAAGGAAGAAAGCAAGCGCCGAGCCUUGGACGGUGGUGUAUGGCAGGCUUCUUCAUGUGAGCCCUUCCCUGUCUCUUCCCCUUCGGUAAUCGCUUAUGGAAUCCAGUAAUCCCUCCUCCCAGCAGCAGCGCGGGAAUAUCACGCCACCAAAACAUUGGCAACAAGUUGGGAGCUCGUCUGCACCUUUCAAACCUCCCUCACCUGGAAGCACAAGUAAUGUUGUUGAGGCAUCUGGGACUGCGAAACCUGGGGUAGCAGCUUCUGGUGCCGAGGGGAAUGAGUCGGCAAAUUGGAGUGCUCUUGGUAAGUCUGUACGUUCAAGACCCUGGGAACAGAACAACGGGAACAGCUAUGGAGGUAGAUAUGUUUCGACUAUGAACUACAAUUCAGGUUAUGGCUCUGGCAUGUAUAAUUCAUAUGGAGGAUUUGGAGGGUCUUAUGGUGGUGGUCUAUAUGGUAAUAGCAUGUACACAGGGUCUGGUGGGCUGCGUGGAGGUUCUGGAGUGUAUUUAGGGAGCAUGUAUAACAGCAGGUUUGGUGGCCCAGUGAAUGGUUAUGGGAUGGCCAUGGGUAGUCCUUAUGGUAAUUUAGAUCCUAAUAACCUCUAUGGUCCUCCCCCAUCACUGCCAGGCUUUUGGAUGUCCUUCAUUCGAGUAAUGCAUGUUGUUGUGAACUUUUUUGGUCGAAUUUCAAUUCUUAUCGAUGAAAACACGCAGGCUUUUCACAUGUUUAUGUCAGCACUCCUUCAGCUCUUUGAUCGGUCAGGUUUGUUAUAUGGUGAGCUCGCAAGAUUUGUGCUAAAGUUGCUUGGGGUGAGAACAAAACCUGGAAGACACUAUCAAUUAGGACCUGGGGAGCUUGUUGGCCCUAAUGCAAAAGGGCAGCAUCACGUUGAAGGCCCAAAUUCUACUAAUGGCUCUUGGGACACUGUCUGGGGAGAAAAUCUUAGUAAAGAAACCAGUUGAGAAAGAUGCAGGUUCAUGUGAGUAACAAAGGCAGCAGUCUAGGUAAAAACAGGAUGUCAAAAAAUAUCAUGUGCAUGACUGAACUCAUGAAAAAGGGCAUAUCUAAGAACUUCCUUUUUUGCUGGAAAAAGAGCAGACUGCAGGCUACCGGUAUUAUGUUGCAUGUUCUCAGUUUCUGUUGUUACUUCAGUGAGUGCCUCCAUGUGAUACUGUAGUUUGUAAUAUGAUGAAGACCAAGUCUGAUUGGCAGAGGCAGAAGCUAUCGUUUCAAUGCAUUGCUGAUAUUUUUGAGAUGAUCCAUGUGGUAAGCUUGGGGCCUCAGAAUAGAUAUCGGCAUUACAUUCCGAGUGCUUAUUUGAGGCUCUGAGAUGGUAGCAGGAGAGUUGAUUCAUAAUGCUACUUCAGGCUCCUGACCUAUGCAGGAGGAUUUUUAAUUAAGUUCAUUGCAGGCCUGUAGACCGGCCACUAAUCCACUGCACUCUCUUGGUUUUUGUAUUCUACUUAUUUGUAUUCUACUUAGAGGUCCGGUCAUGUAGUCUUUGGUUACACUAUUUAAUGCGUUGCCAGUUUAGAUAGGUUGUCCA